AUGAUUUCCUUAAGAGAUCCCACUAAAGCCGCAUUGCUCCUGUGUGCACUUUGCUGCCUGGCAAAUUCGGACGGGAAUCCAGUGAAGAAGAGAACGGUGAGCGAAAUGCAACUCAUGCACGACAGGAGACUUAAACAUCAUGAGGCGGAAAGGCUGGCCUGGCUAAAACAACAACUGCAGAUGGUGCACAACACCAAUUCCGGACCCGCGAGGACACCCGGAAAUAAGGCCAUAUGCCCCCGAAGGAGGAGGAGGAACCUAUCCUGGAUCGCAGCAAGCCCUUCCGACAGCUCCCGCGGAAAAAGAGACUUCUCAGAGUGGACAGGGCCGAUGCUGAUGGACACCCCAGAACGAAGCCCCAGUGAAUGGCUUUCUCGUAGCCUCCGGGGGCCCCCGGAAAAUCUCGUAGUCCGCCCCUGCCGCCCAUUUCACGGCAACAGUGAAGUCCACGUGAAGCACCGAAAGAGUUUCCGGAGCUUCCCGGAGUGUUGA